AUGUUCAAUCAUUCUGGGGACAAACCACCCCGCGGUGUUCCCUCUGGAUCAGAAUACGGAGGCAGUCAGCAUGGCCGCCUCGCCCUCAACACAUCUGGUCAAGCAUAUUCUAGGUUCGGUGUUCCGCUCAACUUUGGCGGUCCCUCGACAUGUCCACCGCCGCAGCAAGAUUCCGUCCGGAGGGACUUCGACUCAUCUAUGGACUGGACUUCACCAGUCGCGCAGCAGAACGCGCGCUUCGACGUUGGGUCUUCGAUGAACAGCGCGCCACAGCAAGACGAAGGAAUGGAACUCGAUGAAUUCAGUCCCCCUGCCGGAGUGUCCAACUUGAUUGCGCGCUUUGAGGGGAUUCGCGCCGCACCACCAAGCAGUAAUAGGAUCAUGAGCCCGGCCAGUUCAGUCGCAAGCCCAUCAAUAGCGAGCCCAUCGUCGGCACACUUUAGCAGCAUGCACGGCAGCACAGCAAACAUGAGCUCUUCAGGAAUGAGUAGAAUCACAAGUCCAGUCGCUCACAGCCCGGCCACGCCCACUUUCUUCCGUGCUCCGGAAUCAUAUCGUCCUCCAGUGCCCAGACAUACGAAGCCAGUUUUGGAUCGCGCACCCUCUAAUAUUCCCAUGUUCACGCCGGACUCACGAUUUGGAGAUGUAAACAGUCGCAUGGCUAUUGCUGCUGGUCCAUCGAACCCCGCGCCUCCUCCUCAGGUGCAUCACCAUCAGCCUCAGCAGUAUCAACCGCAGCAGCAGCAACAUCAACCACAGCAACAUCAGCACCAACACCAACACCAACACCAACAACAGGCACAGCAACAACAGCAACAGGCACAGCAGCAGCAACAACAAACCGCCGACUUCAGUCAGCUAGAUCCUUUCCUCAAUACGUCAAACAAGGGGUUUCAGUCACAAGCCAACGCCUUCAAUUUUCCGACGACGAAUGACUUCAACAAUACGACGACUAAGCACUUUGCAACCCAAGCAAGCAACUUUAGUCCCCAACCAAACACGUUCAGCGCAGUCUCUAAACCCUUCGCUUCCCAAUCUAAUGCCUUCAAUCAGUCGGCAACAACCUUCAGUGCUGCCAACGCUUUUAGCUCCCCUGCAAAUGCCUUCAACUCACUACCAACCACGAAUACCUUCAGCCCACCCCCGAAUGCCAACGCCUUCAGUCCGCCACCUACUACCGCAUUUAGUCCUGCUCCCACACCCUUCAGCCCGGCAACGUCGACGUUCAGCCCAGCACCGACACCUGCCCCGAGCCUCAUGCCCGGCACCCCGGGUGUGAUGCAAACGCCCUUUGGCCCUCCGCCUACGACAUCAUUCCCAGGUCAUGCUCGAGCACCCAGUAUUGCCCCCACUCCAAAGCCUGCGACAGGCAGUCGGCCAUCUCGGGAGCAGGUUCCUGCCGAGGCAUGGGAGUCUUUCAAGGGGACCAUCAAGCAUCUGUAUCUGGAAGAACGCCGUCCUCUGAAAGAGGUCAUGCAGAUCAUGGCGGAUCAGUAUGGCUUCCAAGCAACGCCGAAGAUGUACAAGACCAGAUUCUCUCAGUGGGGCUUCGUGAAAAACAACACCGAGGACGAAGUGAAGAGACUUCUUUCUAUGAAGUUCCAACGCGAUGCCGAGGGCAAAGUGUCCGAAUUCGUUCGAAACGGUAGAGUGGUCAAUCUGGGCACGUAUCUCAAGAGGAAGGGAGUGACGGAGUACGAUCUUGUCGACUUUGAAACGCCAGCUCAGCUCCCGUCAUAUGUGCGAUGUCGUACCCCGACACCGCCGCCCGCUCCGGGCUAUCUGCGAUCACCAGACCUGCUCCGAGCGCAGGAGACGAUUGUUGGGAAUAUGCGGAAAGCAUUCUUGCAUUGCCGCCAGUUCGAGGUCGAAAUUGACAAGCAGGUCGGAUGGACAUCGAUUAUGUUAUGGGGUGCGGGAUCAAGCGACAUGUUUGCUGAUGCGAACAAGAAAUUCGAAAUGGGCGAACACGACGCGGGCGGUCAUCAACUAAUGAAGGCAUUCAAACGACUGGAGAUGGAUCUCAAACAACUAUCACCACAAGGCAUCAAGGAACUUUUGCUGGGAAUGGUGCAUCGCGACGCGGGCAUGAUGACUGCUCUGUGCAAGUACCUGGCGGCGUAUUCAUCGACGAACUUUGAACGCUCGCAUCCCCUACGACAGACAUUUUCUACACUAUACGAGGUGCAACAGAAGCAUGGUCCGAUCACACUAUCGGAGCUUGUCUGGGGCUGCAUUCCUACCAUCGCCGAAGAACUUGAAGCCAUCUACGGACGGCGUCACCCUUACGUAGCCAGGACGUGGAUCGACUUGGCCAUCUUUUACAACCACGCCAACCCCGAGAGACUCGAGAAACUGCUCUCCGAACUCCAGCCACUACGAAGGCAAAUAGCAGGUCGUCACGGACAGGGCAGUGCGGAGGAUCUAGCUUUGCGAUAUGCUGUUGUUCAGCUCAUGCAAGCAGCCUGGCCCAACGCCGACAAUACGAGGAUGGAGGCCUUGGAACUAUGGACUGCGAUGAAGGAUGGCGGCCUCGUCUUUCCAGUGCGAGGAGCAGAGCACAACACCUUUUGCUACCACAGCCCACUCAAGAUCGAUCCGUGGGAAAGACGAUGCAGGGAGCGAUAUGACAUUGGGACUCAAUUUUUCCAACAACACUGCGGCAUCAAGGUGCUGCCCUAUUUCGAAGAGGACAUGCAUUACACAGAGCAUGCCCCCGACUCGCAUUCGGCCUUGGCAGCAGCCUUGGGCCACAUGCCGCAAUCCAAGUUCUCGCUCAUUUAG